GGCUCAUUAGUCACGCAGCGGCCGCUCGUCUAGGACCGCUAGUGGACAACUCGCGUGCGCGGCCGCAGGUUUGCGCGAGCAUGCAUGUCACUUUUGAUAUCCCCCUCCCCCUUAAGCUGUGACGUAAUAUGUGGAUGGACUCUUAGUUAUGGCUGCCCUACGGAGUGUGUUGGUGCUGAGCCUCCUCAGCGGCGCCUGGCCGUCGCUGCUGCCGCUAGAAGUGGAGCGCCUCAAGGCGAGCGUCGGCGGCUACGCCGUCAUGAACUGUCACCUCGACUUCCCCUUCGGAAACGAGAUCCCCUAUCAUCUACAAUGGGAUAAAGAUGGCGAGACGAUAUUCUCGUGGUAUAGCGGCGAGAACGAGCCGCGCGUGGCGGACCGGUGGGGCGGGCGGCUGCGGCGCACGAACGGCCCCAACCUCGGCCGGGGCUCCGUCAACGUCAGCGCCGUCCGGGAGACCGACGCCGGCCUCUACCGCUGCCUCGUCACCUUCCCAAACCGCACGCCGCCGGCGCGCAACAACGGGACGUUCUACCGCCUCGAUGUUGAUGGCGGGAAUCUCAUAGUGACCCCUCCUAUGAACUCAACGGUUUUGGAAGGUGACAGAGCGGAGCUGGAGUGCGCUCCCAAAAGCCUCGAGUGGCCGGUGCAGUGGUAUAGAGACGGAGUGCCUUUGGAGACUAUACCGGAACUGGCCGGAAGAACAGAACUCGGCUUGAACGGCAGCUUGAUUAUAAGGAAUGCAGUCAGCACAGAUCUAGGAGAGUAUGAUUGUCGCGUCAGCGGUCCCGAUGGGCAGAUUCAAAGCUCGAGCGCAUUCUUGGAUGUUCAAUAUAAGGCGAAAGUCGUGUACUCUCCCAAAGAACGAUAUUUACCGUUCGGCAAAUCUGCGAGCCUCGACUGCCACUUCAGUGCGAAUCCGCCGCUGACGAAUCUGAGAUGGGAAAAGGAUGGGUUCCUUUUCGACCCUUACAACGUGCCUGGGGUGUUCUACAGCAGGAAUGGAAGUCUUCUCUUUAAUCGGGUGGACGAAUCCCACGAAGGCCUGUAUUCGUGCACACCGUACAACGCGUUGGGCUCGGCGGGCCCGUCGGCGGCGGUGCGGGUGCGCGUGCAGCGGCCGCCGGCUCUGGUGGCGCGGCCUCAACCUCUGUAUGUGGCGCGGCUCGGUGCAGCUGUCACUAUGCCGUGCAGCCCCGCGCUCAUGGUACAAGCCACACUGCCCACUGUUAGGUGGACGAAGAAAGACGGUACGGAUCUCCCAGACGGGCGGUACUCGUUGGACGGUGGCAACUUAACGAUCAGCUCGGUGUCGGAGGAGGACCGCGGUAUCUACGUGUGUACGGUCAGCAACGAGGCCGAUGUCGUCAAUGUCGAGACCGAACUGCUCAUAGAGAACGUGCCCCCGCGAGCGCCGUACAACCUCAGCGCGACGCCGUCGUACGAUUCCAUUCAUUUGACUUGGGUACCCGGUCAUAACGGUGUGGAUGUGGAGUACAACGUGUGGUACCGCGAGCGCGCGGAGAGCGAGUGGCGCACCAUGAAGAUCCUCAGCCGCGGGGUCACCGACGCCACGCUGAUAGGCCUCCGCCCCGCCACCGAGUACGAGCUCCGAGUGCUGUCACAGGACUAUAUCGGCGACGGACUGUUCAGCAAACCUAUCUUCGUUCGAACCUUAGAUCAAUCAACUCCAGUUGAUGUGGAAGACGAAGUCACAUCUUACACGGCAGCCGUGACCGAGAGUGCUCCGGGCAUAGAGGAGGUAGUAGGGUCAGACGGCGUGGUCGCGACUGCGGAGGACAGCGAGCUACCCGUGACGAUCAGGUUGUUGGAGGAAGGCGCUUUAGUACGCUGGAGUCGCACGCGCGCCGACCGCGGAAGAUGCACGCUGCGAUGGUAUGCCGCAGAUGAACCCACGCACCGCUUGCUGCUUACUGCUGCGACGCAGCUCGAUUACAUACUAGUUAACGUCGUGGAAGAAGGUGCUAGUUAUUGGGCUACAGUGCAAUGCCCGGCGAGCACAGGUGGUGCAUCAUUGCAUGUUCCGGCUUACGGGCGCUUGCGUGGUGUUGCUGCCGGAUCUGCUGCCGCGGCGCUGCUGCUGGCGGCGCUUGCUACAGCUCUGCUGCUCGCGCGGCGCCGCAACGCACGCAGGGAGAAGCGCGCUCGUUGAUCUAUCGUUCGAUAAACUGUGGCAUGGUGCCUUACGGACGUUGUGCGUGUCACUAGAAUCGUUUAGUUACAUCUUAACUUACAAGUGCGAUAAGUUUUAUAUUGUUAUUAUUUAUUGUAAUUUGUAAUAAAUACUUUUGUUAUAAUA